AUGUCACUGACCUACGGAGUGAUACUAUUAUUAUAUCUUCGGGAGGGUUUUGCUUGGUCCCUCCUCUUCAAUUUAAUUGGGACUGGACUUACCAGCUCCUUUCCAUUUCACGCUGCUUGCGAUAGUUCUGCAGGGCCAUCCCAAAGAACCUUCGAUCUUGUUUUAUCUUCCUACACCCCUACAGUCAAGGGACUAUUAUAUACCAGAGAGCACUUUUCCAUCUCUCCUUCAUCAAAAGAGUCCCCGCAAAAGCUACUCAUCGUUACCAUGGCCAACACACCUGGUGCCUGUGACUUGCCUGAGAGAAAAAGCAAAAGCUCGAUAAUCGUGGAAGUACUAGGAGUUUCUAUUCAUACAAAGAUUCUCGACCAACCAGACUCGGCAAGUGUUAUAAGCCACAUCCACAAUUACAAUAUUGCCCAUUUCGCGUGCCACGAAACUUCCGAUAGGCUAAAUCCAUCUCAAAAUAGCCUUCUACUGUAG